AUGACUCCCCUCCCUCCACUCUCUUCUCUUCCGCCCGCUCCUGUCGACGUCGAAGCGUCGUCACCGGCGCACUCGCACGCCGCGCCGCCGCCACCGACGAUGGCGACGACCGCGAUGGUCGCGCCCGCGACCCCCCGCGCGCUCGCGUCGUCUCGCGUCUCCUCCCCGCGCCGCGUCGCGACGACGUCCGCGACGCCGGCGCGGACUGGGACGCCGCUUCGCGAUCGCACCUCGCGAUCGCGUCGUAGUCUCGUGAUAUCCAACUUCUCGCCCGCCGCGGGAGACUUCUCCUUCUCCGCGCCCGAGGGCGCGGCCGCGGGCGGCAUCGUCCUCGGCGCGCGCGUCCUCCUCUCGCUCGCGAAGGCGGGCAUCGGCCGACCGUCGAGAAGUACGCGGCGAAGUGCGAGGAGUACGGCAUCUCCAUCGCGGAUCUCUACCACGUCGAAGACCAGCCCGGAGACGCGUGGUAUCUCGUGGGCGACUGGAAGCCCGCGAAGGCGGGGGACCCGAAGCACAGCGACACGACGCUCGUCGGGAUAA